AGUUUAACUUUGAACAUUGCGUUUCAAGGAAACACGAUCUAGGAGAUUCAAAGUGAGAAAGUAGUAGUUUUUUAAACCCAAUAUCGCUACGUGCUAUUAGGCUAAGUGCUGACAAUUUCCAGGUUAUCGUCGCGGCGAUAUUUCCCGUCAUUAACCUUGAUUGUGUUGACUGUGGAUUGUGCCACUGGCCACAGUGCUGCCGGCCACAUUCGCCAAAAUAAGCGAGACCAUUAACUCCCACACGAUACCUCUGCUAAGGGUGAUAGCCCUUCGAACACUGUCCCCUAUCGACCCUCUACGCCGGUUGCUCAGAUUGAACACAACCACACACUUCUAGACCGCGACCAGGAUCGAGCAGCUGCCCUUGCCAAAGUACAAAGUACUCUCCUCUCCCUCGGGAUUUCAGGCUGGGUAGAAAACAACCACACCCGGGACGAAGUACGCGGACCGCUUAGGAAGGACAUGGAUGAAUCUACUGAACGUAUGCCGCUGAGAUUAUGGGUGUCCGCCGUACUCGGUUGUCCCGUCGAUAGGGUUCAGUCAUGGGUCGAUACUUUCAACAAGGAAAGGCUAUGCGAAGAUGACAUAAUAGGUACAUCCGUGCAAGCAUAUCUACAAGCAGCAAAUAGCGAGCGUGAGGAGGCCCUCUAUCAACCGUUCUGUGCAAUGGCCAACCGGGUUCUUGAGUGGGCACGCGAUCACGUCCCGGGCCUUCCAACCUACCCGAUCCCAGACCUGCUCUUUGUUCGGAACGACCCUGUAGUGGUAGAUAAUGGUCGUGAGGAAGGGGACAACCGCGAUGCUGAUUGCAAACCUGACAUAGUUCUCAUUUCGCAGACCACUUGUAACGACUUGGAGAAUCGUCCGAAGUAUCAACAGGCUCCUCCCCGAAAAAGACACAAGACAACUGGCGUUGACUGGUGCGAUAUAUUUUCCCUUCUGGAACUCAAGCCCUUCCCGACUAGCCGCAGAGCGGCAUACCUGGUCGGCCUUAUUGCUGCAUGGAGUAGCAAGGUCCGUGGGGAAGAACCAUUACCUGCGCCGUCACUCGUAGCUUCAGGUUCACGCCCUCAAAGACCAACUCCAUCAUCUCUCCAAUCACCAGGUGUGCCGUUGCUCUCUGAGCCGGGAACGAACUCAAAUCGUUUGAAACGUAAACCUGAACCUUUCGUAACCGAAGGUGCAAACCAAAGUAGGAAACGUCCGCGCGCAAAACGCAACUAUUUGCCUGAAAUCUACGAGAGCGAUUAUUUCUUGUCCGAGAAAUGUUCAGUCGCUAAAGAAUUUGAAGACCACAUGGCUCGCUACGCUCUGGAGAUGCUUUCUUGCACUCGCGGGACCCGCUUAUUCUUCUUCCAAUGUCUGGUUGUUGGCGAUAUCGUUGAGUUCUGGUAUUGCGAUGCUUCGGGCUUCGUGCGCUCCUACCAAAUAUCCUGGGUACGGGAAUUCGACAAGUUUGCCGCCAUCCUCGUCGCAAUAGCUUGCUGUGACUACGCCCACUUCGGCCUCGACAUUCCCAACUUGUCUCCUCCGGCUCCAGAUCUCAAUCCUUCCAUUCCACCGAUGUCCCUCACUGGAUAUUCCACCACAAUGAGACACCCUACCCUUGAUAUUGACGUCAAGGUCACGCUGGGAUCUGAAGUCUUCACGCAGUACAGCCUAGUCGGCCGCCACACAUGCGUGUAUGAUGUUACGACAGAACCUCCCGUCAGUCCUGACCCUCUUGUCAUCAAGAUGUCCCUGCAGUCUGUCUGUCGUACACCUGAGCAGGAACUGUUGGCUCUCGCUGACGGCUUUCCCGUAUCGGAACAUCUUCCGAAGGCUUUCAUGUGGACUGAUAGAGCAACUGAAUGGCGUCUAGCCCACGGUGUUCGAGGACUGAUGUUUUUGCAGAACGACGAAGACGAGACCUACGAAGAACGCUGCCAGCGUCACAUCGUCUUCAAGAAGUACAAGCCCAUUGAAUCAGUCAUCUCUUCAUCUAACAUGGACCACGUCUUCAACCAGUUACUUGAUUGUCUUCAUGAGUUGCGAUACGAAGUCAAUAUGCUUCACCGUGACAUCAGUCUGAGCAAUCUCAUGUAUGAGAUGCGUGGCACUGUCGUUUGGCUUAUUCUCAACGACUUUGACCUGGCCACACGUCUCGACGAACACGGACGUCCGUUGGGUGCAACUGGGUCUCACCGCAUGGGGACUUUACCUUUUAUGUCCGUGGAUCUCAUCAAACACCCCGAAAUGUUGCAUCUUCUUCGUCAUGACCUCGAAAGUGCCUUCUUUGUUGCCCUAUGGUGCGGCAUAAGGCUUCCAUCCGGCCAGAAAAUAGAUGCUGCAAGAAGAGAUGUUCUUCUAUCCUGGGAGCAACACGGAUUGAACGCUAUUCUGAAAGCCAAAGCACAAAUCUUCGCCAACUCGGACAGCUUUUUCCAGCUCGUACCUGGAGAAAUUCCCAUCAGCCCGGAAUUCUGUCAAUACGAAAUGUGGUUCGACGGUUUUUGGAAGGUGUUUUUUGAUGGGUAUCAGAAACUAGCCGACCAUCACAGGAGACUCGCCGUUAUCCAACGAGACCUUCGAGUGAAAAGGAUAAAUGAAAACCAGGCCGAAGGAUUAAUCAAAGCCGCCAACAGCAAGUUCAACUUCGAGACUUUAAACGACGCAGUCACCUACACUAAGAUCAAGGCUGCUCUGGAGUCAUGCAAGCCAGAUUUGGCGACAUACGUUCCAGGUUUUGUAUCUGAGAUGUGAAAGGCUUUCUAUGCCUUUCGUCAGUUCGCAGUGCUUCAUUUGGUACAUUCACUUGGCAAUUGCAGUUUUGUUGGUUACUCAUUCUCAUGAGACAGAUUACUUGAUUUAUAUUUACCUAUUUACUAGUGUGUAGAUGGAACUACUCGUGAAAUACAGGAGUUCAUGCAGAGCUAUAUUAACUAGGCACAACCAAUAUGCAUUUCUCUGACGUAUUCCCAGACAAAAUUAAGGCCACCUCUGACGAAUCAUAUUCAUAUUAUACUCCCUC